AUGAGGCCUCCACUAUCGCGGGUGAGUGCUGCUCCGCUGCCUCUACUAUCGCGACGCCGGCGCCGCCUCGCCUCGCGCGUGCGGGCCUACGCGCGAAGCCUGCUCGCCUUCCUGUUCAGCAACGUCGGCGUCAUCGUGCUGGUCGUGGCCUACACUAUCGCGGGUGCCUUCAUGUUCCAAGCCAUCGAAGGUGGGAGCGAGAUAGAGCGCGUGCACAACAUGACGCUGGAAAGGGACAACACUGCCCAGUACUUGUGGCAGAACGUCACACUCACGUUGAACCUGUUCAAUGAAACUGAGUUGAAGACGAGGUUCAGGCUGGAGCUGCAGCAGUACCAGCGCAAAGUAGUGCUGGCGGUCAAGAGGGGCUGGGACGGAGGUCGUUCUUCACGCCAGUGGAGCUUCUCCUCCGCCUUCCUCUACUCGCUCACCGUCAUCACCACCAUAGGCUACGGUCACCUGUCUCCAAGGACCGGCUGGGGCAAGGUCACCACCAUCCUCUACGCUCUCCUGGGGAUGCCGCUGUUCUUGCUGUAUCUCAGCAAUGUUGGAGAGCUCCUGGCGCGGUGGUUCAAAUGUUUGUAUGCGCUGGUGUGUCUCUGCCGAGGAUGUCCUGGGUUCACAAGGAGGAGGGUCGCACGGCUGCGGGCACAGGUGGAGAUAAGUGACCCCGAGAGCAUAGAGCGGCCGGCGCACUGGAGGGCGCGCUACUCCGACACCGAGCUCACGCCUGAGAGGUACCAGAGAGGGUAUUAUCCAAGAAGACCAGACUACCUCCGCAGUGCGUCUGCCCCGCAGCCCUGGGAUCGACCCGAUCGCUACGACCCGGGUGCUCGCUACGACCCGGGAGUACGCUACGACCCGGGCAGUCGCUACGACCCAGGAGUGCGCUACGACCCGGGCGUUCGCUACGACCCGAGCAUUCGUUACGACCCGGGCGUAGAUGGGUCGGCCGCGGGGCGUAGCGAGGACUCCGUCACCAGCGAAUUUAGUUACGUCACAUUCGAUGCUCAAACCAUCACCGUGCCGAUUAGUGUGUGUAUUUUUAUAUUGGUUGGUUACGUAAUGUUUGGCUCAAUGAUUUUUGGGAUGUGGGAGAAAUGGGAUCAAUUGGACGGAGCCUACUUCUGUUUUAUUUCACUCAGCAGCAUCGGCUUCGGCGACUUCGUGCCGGGCGAACGCAUAUACGCGGCGCGCAUCGAGACAUCGUUCAUCGUGUGCUCCAUGUACCUCAUGCUCGGCAUGGCGCUCGUAGCCAUGACCUUCAACCUCAUGCAGGAGCAGGUGAUCCAUUACUUCGCGGCCAUUAAGCGCGCGCUCAAGCGCAUAUGCCGCUGCAAGAGAUGACACGGGUGAAGUCUUCUGUCUCCGAGUUGCUGAAUGAUAGCUUUUGAAAAACACUACUUAAAAUAACUGUUUAAUUGUUAUACAACCAUAUCCAGGCCCAGGAAAUCAGUUUUAGAGAAUCAAGAAAAACCAGUAAAACCUUAUUUGCAAUAUACUGGCAAUAAAUAAAAGAAUCAAUUAAGAAGAAAUUGAUAAUGUGGAAAUAAAUCGAAUAAAAUGCACUUCGAAAAUAGUCGCGAUGCUUUUAAAUAAACAAAAGAGAAUCAAAAAUAGUACAAGUAAUUUUGGUAGAGACGUUUAAUUAAUUCAGACUCAAUACCCAUAGACAAAAAAAAUAUUAGUGAAUUUUGCGUAGUUUGUUUCAAAAGCAAGGAGACUAGCGUACCUAGUUUAAAUUAGUGUAAAUAAAUAACGUGUAUAAGUUAUUGUUAUUAUGUAGUUUGAAAUAAGCAUUGUUUUGUAUACGAGAGAGUGCUCGAGUGGAUAAUGAGUUUAGACAUAAAUAAAGACUAUUAUUGAUGAAGAAAA